GUCAGACAGAGACAGACAGACAGAGACAGACAGACAGUCAGACAGAGACAGACAGAGACAGAGACAGACAGAUGUUGCAAGCGGAGUUUGAAACAGAGUUUGACGACUUGAAUGGUAAGAAGAGAAAAAUAUAAUAUUUCUGUUUGAAUGAAGUGUGUGUGCGCGUGUGUGUGUGUGGUGACUGUAGGAGGAUUAGCCUUUCUGCUUAAUCUUGAUGUCACAUUAAUAAUCUCAUAAUCUGAUAUCUGAGGUCAGUUACCAUGGCAACAUGAGGGGGAUCUGAGGCAGAGGUGGGUGGAGUCAAAGAUGCUGCAGGUGAACAUCAGCUGAGGGUCAGAGGUCACUGACAUCAUCAACAUGAGCAGAGCGGAGGUUGAUGACUCCACCUCUCCUCCACCUGCUGCAUGUUCUGAUGUGUUCUGUCUGUUAGGCCUGAGUGGAUCACAGGUGAGCAGCAGGUGACAUCAGACUCCUUCAGUCUACUCAAUCCAAGUCAGGACAUCAAACUGGGGACACAUUGCUGGAGGCUGUAACCCAGCCAAUCUGCUAUCCAACCUUCUCCACUGGUUCUGAACUAGAAGUACUGGGGGGGCUAAGAACUGCCAGUCUGCAGUCAAGAAGCCGGUGCCUCCCUGCAGACUCUCCACUUCCUGGCCCUGACCGAGACCUGGAUCACCCCAGAAAACGCUGCCACUCCAGCUGCCCUCUCAUCUGCCUACUCAUUCUCACACUCCCUGAGACAAACAGGUCGAGGAGGAGGAACUGGACUCCUGGUCCAAGCUGCUAGAAAUGUAAAAACGGCCCACUAAAAAUAUUUUUAAUAAGACGAGUUAUACAUUUAAAGCAAUUUUAAAAAGGUGAGUUUUGGUGAGUGCUUUGAAGGUGUUGAGGUCUGUUCAGUCUCUUUGUUUGGGGAGGGAGAAGCUUCUGAGAAGGUUCUGUGGCCCCAGGUUCAGUUCUUGGUUCUGUGAGGACCAAGACCAACAUGAUAAAGUUUGUCUUGAGCUGAACUCAUGUGCAUUAUUUAUACAGGGUGUCAAAAAAAAUGUAUACACACUCUAAAUAUUGUAAAGUUGGUCUUUAUUAAAAUUAAUUUAAUUUUCAAAAUGUAAUAGAAUUUACAAACAUCAUUUUAUUGUUUUGUCACCACCUGUUCUCAAACUGACGUCUGUUCUGGUCCAGACACUGCUGACAACGCGAAGCAAUGGAAUCUCACAUCACAAAACAAUUCCCUUGGUAUUUGCAUGCAUUCACAUUCAAUGGCUGCUCUUAAUUCAGUGAUUGUUGCAGGUCUCAUAGUGUAGACGUCGUCUUUUAGGUCUAGUGGUGUGAGGUCUGGUGAACGCAGAGGGUAUUCAGUGAAACCCCUCCGUCCAAUCCACCUGUUUGGCAAGAUCUCAUCAAGGAAGGAUCUAACAUCGCGAUGGUAGUGUAGGGGCGCGCCAUCUUGCUGAAAAUAAAACUCCUCAUCCUCAAAGUCUUUGCUAAUACUUGGCAUGACAGACUGUUGCAGCAGUUGAGUUGUCAGCUGCUAAAGUGUGUAUACAUUUUUUUGGGACACCCUGUAUUUACAUAUGUAUUUACAUACGAUGUUAUCACAUGAUGUCACUGAAACAAACUGAUGUUCAGCAGCUGGUGGUGGCCACGCUUGCAACCCAUCACCACCAGUUACCCCAGCAACAGCUGUUGGGCAAAUAUGGCCAACUCCCAUGAUGCUCUCUGUCUCUUCCAGAUGUUCCAGAGAGAGGGGUCCGACGACAGAGCAUGCCCAAUGGCUCCGCCGGGGACACGCCCACCACCAGAGUGACGGAGCUGUAGAUCAGCUGAGCGGCUCCACCUGCAGGCGACACGGUGACACUGCUCCUCACCUCCUCAGUGCUCCUCACCUCCUCUUCAUCCAAUCUUCACCUCCUCCUCCAGCUGUCAAUCACAACUGAUGAUGACACAGCAGAAAGUAUCCUGUGCGCAAUGCAUUGUGGGAAGUGUAACACCUGGAUCUGUUGAAUCUUUCUGAUUAAUUUAAGAACCAAUGAAUCAUUAAUUUGUUAAUCUGAGGAAUGUUUUAGUAUUUUCGCUUUAACAAUAAGUGAUUGAUUCAUAUUAUUAAUGAUGACUGACUUUCUUCUUCUUCUCCUUCUUCUUCAGGGGUUUCUCUCUCGGAGGUUGAAGCAGUCUCUUCGUCGAACUCGCUCUCAGCCUAAACUGUGUCGUCCGACCAGCCUGAGGUCCGACCUGAUCACCACGUCUGACUCCAGGUGUGUGAUGCGGCGGCAGCACUGCGGGAGCCAAGAGUCAUUGCUAAGUGCUGGUUGUGUGUCAUCGCUGGAGCUCAGGAUGGACCAAUCAGUGAUCAUCAAACCAGUUCACUCCUCCCUGCUGGGACAGGACUACUGCUUUGAGGUAACAACGUCGACAGGAACGAAGUGUUUCUCGUGUCGCUCAGCAGCAGAACGAGACAAAUGGAUGGAGAAUCUGAGACGAGCUGUCCACCCCAACAAAGACAACAGCAGGCGGCUGGAGAACGUGCUGACGGUGUGGGUGAUCGAGGCCAAGGACCUGCCCGCCAAGAAGAGGUACUUCGUGGAGCUGUGUCUGGAUGACAGUCUCUACGCUCGGACUUCAUGUAAACUGAAGACUGACAACAUCUUCUGGGGCGAGCGUUUUGACUUCAGCAGCCUGCCGUCCAUCAGCGCCGUCACUCUUCAUCUCUAUAAAGACACUGACAGGAAGAGGAAGAAAGACAAGAGCAGCUAUGUCGGGCUGGUCAACAUCCCUGUCGCCACGGUGACUGGCAGGCAGCUGGUGGAGAAGUGGUACGCAGUGAGCACGCCCAGCACGAGCAGAGGUAAGUCGUCGGUGCCAACGGUGCGGGUCAAAGCUCGUUAUCAGAGCAUCGUUAUCCUGCCGAUGGAGCAGUACAAAGAGUUCGCCGAGUACAUCAGCUCCAACUACCUGCUGCUCUGCAACACGCUGGAAGCCUCCAUUAGCCUGAGAGCCAAAGAGGAGCUCGCCGCUGCACUUGUACACAUCCUGCACAGCACCGGCAAGGCCAAGGACUUCCUCACAGACCUGAUGAUGUCAGAGGUUGACCGCUGCCGUGACAAUGACCAGCUGAUCUUCAGGGAGAACACGUUGGCGACGAAGAGUAUCGAGGAAUACCUGAAGCUGAUUGGACAGAAAUACCUGCAGGACGCCCUUGGUGAGUUCAUUAAAGCGCUGUACGAGUCAGAUGAGAACUGUGAGGUGGACCCUUCUCGCUGUGCGACCUCUGAUCUCUCAGAGCAUCAGGCCAACCUGAGGAUGUGCUGCGAGCUCGCCUUCUGCAAGAUACUCGACUCUUACAGGGUCUUCCCCCGGGAGCUGAAGGAGGUGUUUGCAUCAUGGCGACAGGAGUGUGGUAAUCGGGGGCGACCAGACAUCAGUGAGCGUCUCAUCAGCGCCUCAUUGUUCCUGCGCUUCCUAUGUCCAGCUGUGAUGUCACCAUCGUUGUUCGACCUGAUGCAGGAAUACCCAGAUGAACGCUCAGCGAGAACCUUAACACUCAUCGCAAAAGUGAUCCAGACACUCGCCAACUUUAGCAAGUUCGGCACUAAGGAGGAGUAUAUGUUGUUCAUGAAUGACUUCGUGGAGCGUCAGUGGAGCAGCAUGCAGCGUUUCCUGCAGGAGAUCUCAAAUCCAGACGGGCUGAACCACACAGCCGGAUUUGAUGGAUACAUCGACCUCGGCCGAGAGCUGUCCAGCCUGCACACCCUGCUGGCCGAGCUCGACCAGGCAUGCCUGUCAAAGCUCGGACCUCUUCCUCGGAUCCUCAGAGAUGUUUCUGCAGCUCUGGUGAACCCUGGGGGUGUGGCUAAUCCGGGGUGUGUGGCUAUUUCCUCUCCUGAGCCUCAGCGUGUGGUGUCCCCGCCCCCUAUGUCUCCACCCCCUCUGUCCCCGCCCCUCUCUCCUCCCCUGGCGACCUGUAAUCCCUCCAUCGGCCUGCAGGGCGGCGUCGGACUGGACGGAGGUUUGGUAGAUUUCACGAGACUCCCGUCUCCGACUCCGGAGAACAAAGACUUGUUCUUCGUCACUAAAGGAUCAAGCCUUCAGCCGGCCUCAGGCCUGCAGGGCUCUCCGGCUCCGAGCUCGUCCUACUCAGAGACCAAUGAGAACGAGGCGGGAUUCGAAAUGACCAAUGGGGGCCGGCGGGAGGGACCAGAACUGACCAAUGAGAGCCGCAGUCUGUCCCUGGUCGACUUACAGGACUCCUCUCCUAGCGAUGGCCUUGAUGACAGCCAAUGGCAGCGCAGGACGGGGCUACUCCCCCUCUCCUUCCAAAAUCCAGUUUAUCACAUGACCACCACUUCACCACGGCAGCAGAUGGAUGCCACGCCGUCAGACGGCUCUGUGGGGUCGCAGGGAAACGCCGACGACAGGAACACCAUGGCAACGAAACCAGCGUUUCUUACGCAGAUGUCCGUGGGGCUGGGAGGGGGAGAAAGGGGGGAGAGGGGGGAGAGGAUGUCGGCCAUGUCGAGCAGCAGCAGUGGGGAGGAGUAUUCGAGACGAGCUCUGUCCGUAAACGAGACGCUCACAGGUAGCACCGCGCCCCCUCGUCAGAACUCCUCAGGUCCUCAGAGGCGCAUCGAUCAGCCUCCUCCACCCUCAUCCGCUCCACCAGGACCUCCUCGAGGUCGGACGCCACCCAGCAUGCUCAGCGGUGGCGGAGGCCCUGCCUACCCUCCCCGCCCCGCCUCCGGCAGCAUGAUGUCAUCAAGUCCUGAUUGGCCGAGCAGCAGUCAGUCUCGUCUCAGACAGACGUCAUCAUCGUCUAAAGGAGACAGCCCUGAGAAACAACGACCUGCUGCUAAGGCACCGUCUCCCUGCGCACUGGACCGGACUGCCGCCUGGCUGCUCAACAUGAACUCUGCCUCCUCAUACGGCGACACAGAGGACGAUCGCCAUGAUGACGCCCUCAUAGAGAAGUACCAGCAGGAGAUUGCGAUACUGCAGGAGAAGUUACGAGUGGCAGCGCUGCGACAGGACGAGUGUGAAGCCCGACUGCUGAUCCAGGACCAGCAGAACCAACGCAUGCUGCAGGAGUACCAGGCUCGGUUGGAGGACACAGAGAGCAGACUGAGGAGGCUGCAGGAUGAUAAAGACCUCCAGAUGAACAGCAUCAUCAGCAGGUUGAUGGCAGUGGAGGAGGAGCUGAAGAAGGAUCACUCCGACAUGCAGGCGGUGGUCGACUCUAAACAGAAGAUCAUAGAGGCGCAGGAAAAGAGGAUUGUGAGUCUCGAUGCAGCGAACAGUCGUCUGAUGGCGGCACUGACUCAGCUGAAGGAGCGUUACGCUGUGACAUCACAGAGGAACGGCCUGUCUCCUAGCAACACGUCUUCUUUGCAGAUCACUGAGAACGGAGAGUUCCGGAACUCUGGCAACUGCUGA